AUGGGAUCCAAAACCUUCGGGAAUUUUGGGCUCCACUGCACUUUACUGUUACUUCUAGUUGCCUCUUUGCAUGGCAUAACGACAGAGAGCUUAGCUCACAAGCGUCGCAACAACGGCGGGUCGGCGAGGAAGUGGGAGAGGGCGAGUGGUGUCAGUUGCAAGAACAUGUUCCGAGGGAGGUGGGUUUACGACGAGACCUACCCGCUCUACGACUCCUCAAGUUGCCCCUUUCUGCAGCCAGAGUUCGAUUGCCAGCGAUACGGCCGGACCGACAAGAUGUACCUCAAGUACAGGUGGAAGCCUGAUGGUUGUGAGCUCCCAAGGUUCGACGGCCAAGAUUUGCUGAAGAGGUGGAAAGGCAAGAAGAUUAUGUUUGUGGGGGACUCCAUCAGCUUGAACCAGUGGCAGUCACUGGGCUGUAUGCUUCAUGCCGCGGUGCCGAACGCCAGGACGACCUACACAAGAAAGGAGGCUCUCUCCACCAUCGCAUUCGAGGAUUAUGGAGUGUCGGUAGUGUACUACCAUACCACAUACCUGGUGGACAUAGUGAACGAACCCAUCGGCCGCGUCCUGAAGCUCGAUUCCAUCCAGUCUGGCUCGGUGUGGCUGGGCGCCGACGUGUUAAUCUUCAAUACCUGGCAUUGGUGGACUCACAGAGGAAACAGCCAACCAUGGGACUAUGUACAGGACGGAGUCCAGGUUUACAGAGACAUGGAUAGGUUGCUGGCCUUCAACAAGGGGCUAGCUACUUGGGCCAAAUGGGUGGAUUCCAACGUCAAUCCUGCCACAACCAAAGUCUUCUUCCAAGGGAUAUCCCCAACCCAUUACCUAGGGGUCGAUUGGGGAGACCCAAGUGCAAAGAACUGUUACAGACAGAUCCAACCAGUCAAAGGAUCAACUUACCCUGGUGGUCCAGUUCCAGCUCAAGGCAUCGUGAAGAGUGUUCUUAGUACCAUGACAAAGCCAGUUUAUCUGCUUGACAUAACCUUGCUCUCCCAACUCAGAAAAGACGCACAUCCAUCUGCAUACAGUGGAGACCACGCAGGCAUGGAUUGCAGCCACUGGUGCGUUUCCGGCCUUCCAGAUACUUGGAAUCAGAUCCUAUAUGCAGCACUCUGUUGAUGGAAUAGAUGUUUCUGACAAUAUUUGUGGAAGGACUAGAAAGUACACAAUUGGUAACUGUUUAGAAGUUAGGAAGAAUUAUUUUCAAUAUCUGUUAAUGUAUUAUUCAGUGAUUCAAUGGGGGGUAUGGUCAGUGAUAAUAAUCUCUUGCUUGGACA